AUGCGCUGCCUUGUCAUUACUGCGUGUGUGUGUGUUACAGUGACUGACAGUGUGUAUCUUUCGUGCAGGUCCUGCUGAGGUCCCAAUGAUGUCUCCCAACGGAUCAAUCCCCCCUAUCCACGUCCCCCCAGGAUACAUCUCCCAGGUAAGCUGUGUUUGUGUGUGAUACACUUGCUCUCAACUGAAGCCGCCCAGAGCAGAAAGGAAUGUGUUGAUUAUUUCAGGGUACGUUGUUGGGGGGGGUGAUAGCAGCGAGGCCAUUGACUGUGUGUGUUGGGGGGAGGCCACUGACUCUGUUUUGGUUGGGGGAGGCCACUGAGCCAACUGAGAGCGGGAAAAAGUGUCACCCUUGGAUAAACACCCACAUAGAGAGAGGGGGAUGGAAGGAGAGAGAGGGGGAUCCUCUGCCAACUAGUUUCUGGUGGGACUUUGGCCUUGUUGUCACAUAAACAUGUCUGUUUUUCACGUAUGGUAAGUUUGUUUUGUAUAGAGGAUGUGGAGGUCGGAUGGGGGAGUCAGGGAGAGUGCCCUGCUAUCUUUUCUCCUCUCUCUCUCUCGCUGCCUGCAUGUGUGUGUAUGUGUGUGUAUGUGUGUGUGUGUGUAUGUGUGUAUGUGUGGUGUGUGUGUAUGUGUGUAUGUGUGGUGUAUGUGUGCAUGUGUGGUUUGUGUGGUGUGUGUGUGUGUGUGUGUGUGUGUGUGUGUGUGUGUGUGUGUGUGUGUGUGUGUGUGUGUGUGUGUGUGGUGUGUUGUGUGUGUGUGUGUGUGGUGUGUGUGUGUGUGUGUGUGUGUGUAUAUGUGUGUGUGUGUGUGUGUGUGUGUGUGUGAAUGUGUGUGUAUGUGUGUGUGUGAAUGUGUGUGUAUGUGUGUGUGUGUGUGGUGUUUUGUGUCUUAUUGUGCUGCUGCAGCACUUGGAAGCGACUCUCACGGGGGAGUGUGUGUUUGCUUACUGAUUGGAAUGUGUGUGAAUGGAAUGGAAUGUGUGUGUGAGAGAGUGUCUGAAUGGGUGGAAUUUGUGUGUGUGUCUUAAACUGGAUCAAACCCAUAGCAAUUUGAUAUAGUGUCUUGGUUUACAAGCUACUGCCCCCCACACACUGCUCUUAAUCUGUCAACUGUAGUUACCUGUAAGGGGAAUCUACUACCUGGUGAUGGUGGUGGUGGGUUUUACAAAACCUGCCAUGUUAUUUGACCAUGGGGAGACCUGCUGUGUGAAUACUCCAAUGUGGGUUGGAUUUAAUUGAGUCCAGUGUUUGUGGAGCGGUAUUAGAUGUGUUCUAUUGUGGAAUUCUCCAGUAAUUAUAAGAAUUCCUCUCCUCUCCUUCCCCUCUCCUCCCUCCCCCUCUCCCCCCAACCCAACCCUCCCCUCUCCCAUCCCCCUCUCCCCUCCUCUCCUCUCCUUCCCUCUCCUCCCCUUCCCCUCUCCUCCCUCCUUCCUUCUCCCCUCCCACCCCUCCCCUCUUCCAUCCCCCUCAUCCCCUCGAUCCUCUCCCCUUCCCCUCCACCCCACCCCUCAUCCCAUCCCCCUCUCCUCCCCUCCCCUCUCCUCCCCUUCCCCUGCCACCCUCCCUCUCCCCAUCCCCCCUCUCACCACCCCUACUCUCCCCUUCCCUCUCCUCCUCUCCCCUCCACCCCUCCCCUCUCCCAUCCCUCUCUCCCCUCUCCCAUCCCCCUCUCUUCCCCCUAGGUGUUAGAAGACAACACAGGAGUGCGUCGGGUGGUCGUCACCCCCCAGUCUCCUGAAUGUUAUCCCCCCUCGUACUCCCCCGCUCUCUCCCCCACGCACCACCUCCCUCCCUACCUCACCCAUCCCCACUUUAUCCCCAACUCUCACUCCUUCUAUCCCCCUGUGAGUCCUGGAGACCUUCCCCCGCACCAGUACUACCAACACCAUCUCCCACCCAUAUAUGGAGAAGGUAAGAUACUCACACCACUGUCUAAGGCAUGUCUAUGGGCAUAUGAGAUACUGUAGCCUAUACUAGAGAUAUAUACAGUGCUUUCGAAAAGUAUUCCAACCCCUUGACUUUUUCCACAUUUUGUUACGUCACAGCCUUAUUCCCCUCAUCAAUCUACACACAAUACCCCAUAAUGACAAAGCAAAAACAGGUUUUUAUAAAUUUUAGCAAAGUUAUUAAAAAUAAAAAGCUGAAAUAUCACAUUUACAUAAGUAUUCAGACCCUUUACUCAGUACUUUGUUGAAGCACCUUUGGCAGCGAUUACAGCCUCGAGUCUUCUUGGGUAUGAUGCUACAAGCUUGGCACGUCUGUAUUUGGGGAGUUUCUCCCAUUCUUCUAUGCAGAUCCUCUCAAGCUCUGUCAGGUUGGAUGGGGAGCGUUGCUGCACAGCUAUUUUCAGUUCUCUCUAGAGAUGUUCAAUCGGGUUCAAGUCCGGACUCUGGCUGGGCCACUCAAGGACAUUCAGAGUCUUGUCCCAAAGCCACUCCUGGAUUGUAUUGGCUGUGUGCUUAGGGUCGUUUUCCUGUUGGAAGGUGAACCUUCGCCCCAGUCUGAGGUCCUGAGCGCUCUGGAGCAGGUUUACAUCAAGGAUCUCUCUGUACUUUGCUCCGUUCAUCUUUCCCUCGAUCCUGACUAGUCUCCUAGGCCCUGCCGCUGAAAAACAUCCCCACAGCAUGAUGCUGCCACCACCAUGCUUCACCGUAGGGAUGGUGCCUGGUUUCCUCCAGACGUGAUGCUUGGCAUUCAGGCAUCUUGGUUUCAUCAGACCAGGCACCAUCCCUACAGUGAAGCAUGGUGGUGGCAGCAUCAUGCUGUGGGGAUGUUUUUCAGCGGCAAACUCCAAGCGGGCUGUCGUGCCUUUUACUUAGGAGUGGCUUCCGUCUGGCCACUCUACCAUAAAGGCCUGAUUGGGGGAUGCUGCAGAGAUGGUUGUCCUUCUGGAAGGUUCUCCCAUCUCCACAGAGAAACUCUUGAGCUCUGUCAGAGUGACCAUCGUGUGCUUGGUCACCUCCCUGACCAAAGCCCUUCUCCCCCGAUUGCUCAGUUUGGCCGGGCGGCCAGCUCUAGGAAGAGUCUUGGUGGUUCCAAACUUCUUCCAUUUAAGAAUGAUGGAGGCCACUGUGUUCUUGGGGACCUUCAAUGCUGCAGAUAUUUUUUGGUACCCUUCCCCAGAUCUGUGCCUCGACACAAUCCUGUCUUGUAGCUCUACGGACAAUUCCUUUGACCUCAUGGCUUGGUUUUGUCCACUCAGUGUAUAUAUAUACACCUAAACGAUAUAGCUAACUCCCUCUCUCGUCUUCCUUCUCCUCUCCCUCUCUAUUCUCCUCUCCUCCCCCCACCCCCCUCCCUCUCUCCAUCUCCCAGAGAUAAUCCCAGUCUAUGGUAUGUCGAGCUACAUUGGUAGAGAGGAGAGCUACAGCAAGCCCCAGCCUAAGAAGAUAAAGGAACAGAGACAAUUGGAACGACAGAACAGACUCAACUCUCCUCCCUCCUCCCUGUACAAGUCUCUGGGCUCUAGCCACAAUGGAUACAGGUCAGAGAAUAGUCCUGGAGUUAGAGACUAGUUUGACUAGUUAGAGACUACAGAUGUACUAUCUUCAUUUGAUCACUCUGUUGUGGCAGAGAAUGUUCGUGUAUUCACGGUUUAAAAAGGCUUCUAACGUUUGUAAUUUUCACUUUAAAAUGUCAGACUUUAUUUGCCCUAACGAAAAAUGUGUCAACCGCGACAAUAAUGUUCAUGAAUUAUAAUCCACAUAAUCAUUCACAUUUCCUGUUGCUGUAGGAUUGUUUUCCUGCUGUGAGAAACUGGUCAAAUUAAGAUUGCAGAUCUGUAGUUACAGUACUACUUAAACACUAAAGCAAUACUAGUUAGAGACUAGAGACUAGUUACUGACUAUCUCUACAAGUGUGAAGAGACUAGCCUUAUAAUUACAGACAAGUUACAGACUAGUUAUAGACUAGUUAAUAGUUUAGACUAGUUACUAGUUUUACUAGUGAUCAACUUGAUCUACAAGUCUGAGAUCUAUAGCCAUAAUGCAUACAGAAGAAACACUAUAGACAAGUUACAAACUUUGACCAGACAUUGUUUUCCUAUGGAAGUUACAAACUUUGACCAGACAUUGUUUUCCUAUGAAAGUUACAGACUUUGACCAGACAUUGUUUUCCUAUGGAAGUUACAGACUUUGACCAGACAUUGUUCUCCUAUGGAAGUUACAGACUUUGACCAGACAUUGUUUUCCUAUGGAAGUUACAGACUUUGACCAGACACUGUUUUCCUAUGGAAGUUACAGACUUUGACCAGACAUUGUUUUCCUAUGGAAGUUACAGACUUUGACCAGACAUUGUUUUCCUAUGGAAGGAUGAAGUUGUCGAAAACACAUGCAAACUAUUUGAAUCUGUAUUUUAAGAGUGUUGGGUCUAUUUUCAUUGUAAAAUUCUACUGAGAUGCUUUCCAUGCAGUUUUUGUCAAUAAAAUUUGGUUGUAUUUGAUUGGUUACAGCGGGAAGAGCCACGUCCCUACGCUGGGGUCGUUGGGGUCAAUGGGCGGAGCUAACAGUCCGGGAGGGAAGAAGCCGGAACGACGACAGCUACGGAGCAGCCCAAGGAGCAACGAGCCAGACACACACACACACUCACCGCAAGGUAAACACGCACAUGCACACACACACACACACACACACACACACACACACACACACACACACACACACACACACACACACACACACACACACACACACAGAGAUAAGUGAAUACUCUUCAGAUGUCUCUCCCUCUUUUCUUCUCAAUGAAAGAGAGAAAAAGAGGAAUGGAUGAAUGGUGCCUUACUGAGGUGGAGAGGAGAGGUGGAAAGGGAGGGAGGGGGGAGAGAGGGGGUUGUCUAGGUAACCACAUAGCUGAGUCUGUUCAGAGACCUAUCGGUUUCUCCCUCUACAAUACUGGCCUUGUCUGGGAGGGGGGGGGGGGGGGGUGUAGGAGAGGAGAGAGGAGAGGAGAGGUAGUGAGGAGAGGAGUGGAGGUGAGGGGAGUAAGGGGGAGAGAGGGAGGAGAGGGAAGAGGGGUGAGGUACAGUACAUAUCUGUUGAGUCCUGUUCUCCAUGAAGGAACCCUUUGAGCUCUCUUUCACACACACACAUCUCUAUCUCGCUGGCCUGUGUGCAGAGGUGUUGACAGACAAGCCUGCUGAGAGACACCAGAGUUAAUCCCAAAGAAACAGGCCAAACCACCUCUCAGACCCCCGUUUCAGCGCUGGACCAGUCUGGCUGUACAGUCCGGGGUCAGGGGAAUGUUCCAUUGAGGCCAGGUGUAAGGGGGUUUGUUUGGCUGGAUGGUGACAUCAUGGAAAGAGAGAGAGCCUGAUGAGCUUUGAUCAACUCAGUAUCUUCACACACACACACACACACACACGUACAGUACAUGUCAGUGUAUGUCUAGGGGUAUCUGUGUCUCUCUGAUGGUCUAGCAGGGUCUCAGUUCUGGACUGGAGAUCAGGCUGACUCCACUACAACUAACAUACACCUCGUGACAGGGCUUCCUCUAAAACAAUCAGAGCAUGAGAGAGGGAGAAAGAGAGAGGAGAGUAUGAUAGAGGGACAGGGAAAUUAAAAGUGAGAAAAGAGAAUAUGAGAGCGAUUGAAAAGCUAGGAGGUAGACUUAGUGGAGAGAAAGAAAGUAGGGAGAGUGAGAGGGGGAUGAGAGACAAAGGAAAGAGAAAAUAGAUAUAUAAAAGAAUGAGAGAGAACAUUCCAUCUGUCUAAUCUACUGCUUGGCCCUCUGCUUUCAACCAGGAGGAUCACACACACACACACACACACUGUCUGGAACACCAGACAGGGUUCACACUCACACACAAACACACACCCACGCUGUAGACUUUGCUCUGUACCCUGCUGGAUGUGUGUGUUUGUGUGUCUAUUGGCUAAUGUCCUCUAUUCCAGUAAUGUGCUUGGCUACCAGUCAGUCAAGACAGUCAGUAAAGCCCACCGCUCUAAACACAAUCAGAUGUGCCUCUGUCCUCCAUGAUGGUUCUACGUCAGCGGUGCAGUUUAUCUGUAGAGAACAGCGAUUUCAGGAAACUGAUGUCCCAUGGUAGAGCAAUGCCAGCAUUGCGGUUUCUCAGUAGAGCUGAGAUUUCAGCUGAAACAGAUGUGUCUUUGUCCGCCAUGUUGGUUCUACGUCAUCAGAACUACAGCACCUUUCUGUAGUUCUAGUGGUGCUUUCAAGACAACUGGGAACUCAGAAAAAAAAAACGAGGUCAAAUCAUGAAGUCAGUGGUCUUCAGGUCGGAAAGUUGGAGCUCUAGAAAGAUGUCCAAGUUUCCGACUUGGAAUUCCAAGUUGGAUGACCGUUUUCCCCGAGUUCACAGUUGUCUUGAACGUACUGAAGUCCGAAGUCGGAGAUUUCUGAGUUCACAGUUGUUUUGAACGCGUAAUAAUUUCUCUGUAUAGAGCAGUAAUUUUAUGAAACUGAUGUGGCCAGUCCAUGUUGUUUAUACUGUAGAAUGUGUACGGAGAGGAGAGGAGAGGAGAGGAGAGGAGAGGAGAGGAGAGGAGAGGAGAGGAGAGGAGAGGAGAGGAGAUGAGUUACUUGAAAAAGCGUAAGACUGUGAUGUAAGAUGAUGUCAUCCCGUAAGAGAGAGAGAGAGAGUGUGUGCUGUAAGUGCUCGUUUAGUUCAUUAACAGAUCCGACCCCUGACCUUAGCAUGACUCAGGCCUUUUAAAAUAAACAGCGUUGUCAUAGUGACCCUCAGUAAGUGUGUAAGCUCUCCCACACUCCAUGUUUUUGCUUGUGUUGCCAUGGUAAUAGGUCCCCCCCACCCCACCACCCUACACCCUAAUAAGGGCCUGUUGCCUGCCUGUCUGUCUGUGUCAGCUAGUCCUCUGUGUCAGCUGGUUCAAGGAGUCCAAGUCCAGUCCGACUCAGUCUUAUUCUUACAAGUCUCUCGUACACACAUCUGCACAAUGUUAGCUAGUGCAGAGCCAGAGCUGCAUAUCAUCAGGUUAUCAUUACAGUCAGAUUUAGUCAGCUGCUUCACAAUGGGAGAUAUGAAUCUUAGCUAGAUUAAUUAGUGAUCUUAGGAACAGUGAUCUUAACACCUUUCCUGGGUCGACUGGGUUGAAACGGUACUUCUACCAUCUGAGUUCCCAACGCUUCAGCCAACACACACACACACACACACACACACACACACACACACACACACACACACACACACACACACACACACACACACACACACACACACACACACACACACACACACACACACACACUGUUGCCUUCCAGGAAGUGUGGCAGAAUUGCUGUGUCCCUUGGCACCUCAGUCGUACAUCUCUCCUCUAUGAAAGUAUGGUUGGAGACACACACACACAUACUAAUCCUCUCUGUAAACCAUGGUCUCUGUCCAUGAGAACCAAACUUUCACCAUGACUACAAACCUUCUCAGACAGGUCUCAACAAGUGUGUGUGUGUGUGUGUGUGUGGUGUUUACAAUUAGGGUUAGAAUUAGGAUUAGGGUUAGGGGUUAAGGUUAGGGUUAAGGUUAGGGUUAUGGGUUAGGGAAAAUAGGAUUUUGAAUGGAAAUACAUUUUAGGUCCCCACGAGGAUAGAAAAACAGGUGUGUGUGUGUGUGUGUUAAGGGGGCCAGCUGUUGAGCAGAUGAAAACGCUGUGGAACCCUGCAGGCUUCUUCUUCUUCUUCUUCUCUCUCUCUCUCUCGUUCUCCUUUUUCUCUCUUUGUCUUUUAUCUCUUUCACCCUCUCUACGGUGCCGUGAAAAAGUAUUUGCCCCCUUUCACAUUUGUUCUACUUUUGCAUAUUUUUGAUACUGAAUGUUAUCAGAUCUUCAACCAAAACCUAGUAGGGAACCUGAGUGAACACAUAACACAACAAUUACAUACUUAUUUCAUUUAUUUCAUAAACAAAGUUAUGCAACACCCAAUGCCCCUGUGUGAAAAAGUAAUUGCCUCCUUACACUCAAUAACUGGUUGUGCCACCUUUAGCUGCAAUGACCCCAACCAAACGCUUCCUGUAGUUGUUGAUUGGUCUCUCACGUCGCUGUGGAGGAAUUUUGGCCCACUCUGUAACGUAGUGACAUUUGUGGGUUUUCAAGUAUGAACUGCUUGUUUCAAGUCCUGCCACAAAAUCUCAAUUGGGAUUAGGACUUUGACUAGGCCAUUCCAAAACUUCUAAUUUGUUGCUUUUUAGCCAUUUUCAUGUAGGAUUGAUUGUGUGUUUUGGAUCAUUGUCUUGCUGCAUCACCCAGCUGCGCUUCAGCUUUAGCUCACAGACGGAUGGCAUGACAUUCUCCUGAGUGUGAGGGGGCAAUUACUUUUUCACAUGGGGGAAUUGGGUGUUGCAUAACUUUGUUAAUUAAAUAAAUAAAAUAAGUAUCGUUUUUGUUGUUGUUAUUUGUAAACUCAGGUUCCCUUUAUCUAAUAUUAGGUUUUGGUGGAAGAUCUGAUAACAUUCAGUAUCAAAAAUAUGCAAAAAUCAGAAAGGGGGCAGAUACUUUUUCACAGCACUGUACCUCUCUUUCUUUCUCUCUAUAUCUCACUCUCUCCUCCAUUCCUUCAGUUCAUUGUUUCUAGUUUCUAAAAGUCUAUUUUUUAAUACACACAGACACACUUAGACAUAUUCACGCAGUCUGACAAGCCCCUUCCCCUGCAUCUGCUGCGCCUGCUGAUGAUGUCACAGAACUGGAACGCAGCGAUUGUGUAAUCACCCUACCCUCCUCUUACGUUUGCUUACAAUUAGUGCAUUCAUCUUAAGAUAGCUAGGUGAGACAACAACACAUCACGAUCGUAAGUACAUUUUCCCCCAACAAAGUAUUUAUCAGCAAAGUCAGUGCUAGUGGGAAAAGAGAAGUGCCUUUAUUUUAUUUUAGGGGUGGGUGGGCCAAGAGACCAGAGGUGGCGGAACGGAGUGCUCUGGUUGGGAUCUAGGGUUUGAGCAGAGCCUUAAGGUAGGGAGGGGCGGUUCCCCUUGCUGCUCAGUAGGCCAGCACCAGGGUCUUGAAGAUGACCCCUCAUAUCCCCUUGUUCUGUACUCCUCCUCUCUGCUUUCCUCACUUUUCUCUCCAUCCUGAUGAAAAUCCAUUUUUCUCUUCUCCUCCGCUCCUCUUCUGUGGCCUCAUCCCUCUCUCCUCUCCUUCUCUCCUCUGCGUGUGUUUUUGAAAUGUUCCUCUCUCUCCUCUUUCUUUCUGUCUUACUCAGCUUUGGCUUAGACCACUGUCUCUUCUCCCUCCCCCCUCGUCAUCCUUCUCUUCCUCCUGUCCUCUGUUGCUCUGUCGUUCUUGGUCUGUCUGUCCUCCGUUAUCAAACAAACACAUCCAGACAGACAGAGACAGGAGAUGUGGUCAGGAGAGAUUUCACCUGAUGCUACUCUCUCUCUCUCUCUCUCUCUCUCUCUCUCUCUCUCUCUCUCUCUCUCUCUCUCUCUCUCUCUCUCUCUCUCUCUCUCUCUCUCUCUCUCUCUCUCUCUCUCUCUCUCUCUCUCUCUCUCUCUCUCUGAAACAAAAACAAUUUCUGGGUGAUUUUGUGAACUCUGCUCUGAUGGAGAAAGCAGCUCUGCUCCUGUCUGAAGCAACUCUGGUAUAGGGAUUACACACACACACACACAUUACACACUCUGGGGAUAAACUUCCAUUACACACACACCCCAGCGCUAACCCCGACCCACUCCUAAAUCACCCCUAGACAUGCUCUGCCACUGGACCUGUGUGUGUGUGUGUGUGUGUGUGUGUGUGUGUGUGUGUGUGUGUGUGUGUGUGUGUGUGUGUGUGUGUGUGUGUGUGUGUGUUACUGGAGCCGGCCCGUUUUAUGAGCAGACAACAGAACGUAGGGUAGACUGAGGCAGUAAUCCAGGUUGGGGUCUGUACAUACUGUACAUACUGUAUAUGACACAGCUCAGCCUGCCCUCUGGUGGUGCUUAGCUGUAAUAACACCCUCUCAAUUAAGAACAGAAACACACACUAUUUGGUAAUGUUGUGUCUGUUCUCACUCCUCAGAUCACGACUCAGAGGCAAAGAGAGUUCAGGAAGUGCUCUCCGCCAUCGACAAACCACAGGUCAGUCACACACACACACACACACACACACCUGUACCUAAAGGCUUCUUCCUCCCAGAGCAGUAUGUCCUUUGGAGCCCAGAACACCUGCAGUCCCCAACCUGACCACAUUGGGGCAGUAUUGUAUCACUUCAUCACACAGGACUAGGGUUGCAAAGCUACUGUUAAUUUACCAAAGUUACCGGAAACUUCAGUAAUUUUGGUAAUUAACAAAUCUAUGGCAAUCUAUCGAAACUUCGGUAAUUUAUACAUGAAUAACUUUUAAAAUAUAUAUAUUCAUAUAUAGUAUUCAUUUUUUAUAUCUGUGUCCAUAUUGUCCAUGAGUUUCUAGUAGAUGGACCAUAUGGUUCAAGAGAAAAUAGCCUAAUUAAUGAAAAAGCAUCUAAUUAACAAUUGCCUUAUUUUCUACUACCUCUGCAACUCUUCCAACUAUUGACUAUGUUCACAACCGCCACCAGUUUGAUGCAAAAACAUUGACAACAAAUGAAAGUGUGUUAAAAAAAUGUAAAGGUUAUUUCAUGCUGAAACCCUCAUAUUAAACACCAAUGGUAUUCACUAAGUUGAUGGUUUAUAUUUAGUAUAAUGUUUUACAGAGUUGAUGGUUUAUAUUUAGUUAAAUGUUUUACAGCUUUAUUUUAUUUUAAAAUCAUCUUAUUUAAUUAUUUAAUAUAUUUUACAUGUGAUAAGGCCACACAGAGACAGAGAUAAUUACAGACACCUGUGAUAAUCUGAAGUACCCAAAAGGGACACUAGAUAUCUUGUGAUAGAUUACAUCAAAUCCAGUAAUCCAUAAAAGUUUCCAGUAACAUACCCUCCCUUUGCAACCCUACACAGGAUUCUCAUGGGUCUCCUGUACAGUAUUCAUAAAGAACACACUAGUGGAAGAAGUAUGAGAGAGAGAGAAGAGAGAGAGUGAGGGGGGAGGGACAGAGGGAAGGACGUACGUCAUAUGAGGCAUUCUUCAGUAUGUAUCUCUGGGAUGUGGUUUGUCCCCAGGGAUGAUUGGGUAUUCAGUGGAUGUGGUUUGUCCCCAGGGCAGAUUGGGUAUUCAGUGGAUGUGGUUUGUCCCCAGGGCAGAUUGGGUAUUCAGUGGAUGUGGUGUUGGCAGGGCAGAUUGGUAUUCAGUGGAUGUGGUUUGUCCCCAGGGCAGAUUGGGUAUCAGGUGGAUGUGGUUUGUCUGCAGGGCAGAUUGGGUAUUCAGUGGAUGUGGUUUGUCUAGGGCGAUGGUAUUCAGUGGAUGUGGUUUGUGCCUAGGGCUGAUUGGGUAUUCAGUGGAUGUGGUUUGUCCCCAGGGCAGAUUGGUAUUCAGUGGAUGUGGUUUGUCCUAGGGCUGAUUGGGUAUUCAGUGGAUGUGGUUUGUCGCAGGGCAGAGAUGGGUAUUCAGUGGAUGUGGUUUGUCCCCAGGGCAGAUUGGGUAUUCAGUGGAUGUGGUUUGUCCCCAGGGCAGAUUGGGUAUUCAGUGGAUGUGGUUUGUCCCCAGGGCAGAUUGGGUAUUCAGUGGAUGUGGUUUGUCCCCAGGGCAGAUUGGGUAUUCAGUGGAUGUGGUUUGUCCCCAGGGCAGAAUGGUUAUUCAGUGGAUGUGGUUUGUCCCCAGGGCAGAUUGGGUAUUCAGUGGAUGUGGUUUGUCCCCAGGGCAGAUUGGUUAUUCAGUGGAUGUGGUUUGUCCCCAGGGCAGAUUGGGUAUUCAGUGGAUGUGGUUUGUCCCCAGGGCAGAUUGGGUAUUCAGUGGAUGUGGUUUGUCCCAGGGCAGAUUGGGUAUUCAGUGGAUGUGGUUUGUCCCCAGGGCAGAUUGGGUAUUCAGUGGAUGUGGUUUGUCCCCAGGGCAGAUUGGGUAUUCAGUGGAUGUGGUUUGUCCCCAGGGCAGAUUGGGUAUUCAGUGGAUGUGGUUUGUCGGAAUGGAUAAGGCCCAGGCGUGGUUAAUAUCAGUGGUGUGGUUGUCCCAGGAGUGGUUUCUGAUGUGGUUUUCGGGAGAUUGGGUAUCAGGGAUUGUGGUUUGUCCAGGUGCAGAUUGGUAUUGUGGUUUGUUGGUUUGUCCCAGGACAGUGGUUAGGGAUGUGGUUUGUGCCCAGGGAGUUGGGUUCAAUGUGUGUUUUUCCCAGGCAGAUGGUAUUCAGCGGAUGUGGUUGUCACCGGACAAUGAGGUAUUCAGUGUGAUGUGGUUGUCCCGGUGUUGGUUAUUCAGUGUUGGUUUGUCCAGGGCCAGAUGGUGAUGCGGUGGAUGUGGUUGUCCCAGGGCAGAUUGGGUCGUGAUGGGUUUCAGGGAGAUGGUUUCACGUGAGUGGUUUGUCCCAGGGAGAUGGGAAGGGAAUGGUUUGCAGGCAAAUCUGGAAUUCAGUGGAUGUGGUUGUCACCACGAGCGAUAGGGUUAUCACGUGGAUGUGGUUGUAGGCAAGGGUAUUCAACGUGCCCAGGCAGAGCUAUACAGUGAUUGGUGUCUAUCAGUGGAUGUGGUUUGUCUGGAUGAACGACAGCCGGUGUUAAAUCACUCCGCUGUGUGUGGUAGCAAAGUGUGUCUUUCUCUGUUGUCUGGGGUUUGGGUAAACGUUUUUGUGUGUCUAUUUCUGUGUGUGCGCUUGUGGUGUGUGUCUCUGUGUGUGUGUUAGAGACAGUGGUUGAUGGGGUGAUUGUUUAAGUGCCCAGGGUGUGGGUAAAUGUGUCUUCUCCUACUCAGACUGUCAUUUCAUCAGCACAGCAUCCGUGACGGGAAUGCACCGGAACAUAAACUGAUAGGAACUUUGUGUGUGUGUGUUAUCUAACGUGUGUGUGUGUGUUAUCUAACGUGUGUGUGUGUCCAGGUGUCCAACGUGCACGCGCGGGGUGCUAGGUUGUCCUGGGCUCCCCCGGUUGGGCUGGUGAACCGGUUCAGCAACAGCCAGUCUCUCACCUACGAGGUCUCUCUGUCCGACAAGGGACGGGACGGCAAAUACAGGCUUAUAUACAGGUAAAACUCACCUAACUCUGAGCCUGACUAGCAGGUAAAACUCACCUAACUCUGAGCCUGACUAGCAGGUAAAACUCACCUAACUCUGAGCCUGACUAGCAGGUAAAACUCACCUAACUCUGAGCCUGACUAGCAGGUAAAACUCACCUAACUCUGAGCCUGACUUGCACACGUGUGUGUAUGAUGUGUGUAUGAACGUUCCAGACUUUGAAGAACAACUGACGCAAACAUAAACAUAAUAAUAUGCCAUUUAGCAGACGCUUUUAUCCAAAGCGACUUACAGUUAUGUGUGCAUACAUUUUUACGAAUGGGUGGUCCCAGGGAUUGAACCCACUACACUGGCGUUACAAGCGCCAUGCUCUACCAAUUGAGCUACAGAGGACCACAUCUCCCUUUCAUCUCAAGUGUAAAUAACGUGUGUGUGUGUGUGUGUGUGUGUGUGUGUGUGUGUGUGUGUGUGUGUGUGUGUGUGUGUGUGUGUGUGUGUGUGUGUGUGUGUGUGUGUGUGUGUGUGUGUGUGUGUAGUGGAGAGGAGUUGGAGUGUCAUCUAAAAGACCUGAGGCCAGCUUCAGACUACCACGUACGGUAAGAACACACACCUUCCGUCAGCAACACACACACACACACACACUUUGCACCACUUCUUUACUAUUGUGUUAAUAAAUGUGACUAUUAAUGUUUCGUGUGUAUGUGUGUGUGUGUUUCAGAGUCAGCACGGUGUGUAACUCUAACUUGAGGGGUGUGUGUUCGGAGACGGGGUCGUUCACAACACACAACUGCCCCCCCGACCUGCCCUUUCCCCCCAAACUGUCCCAUCGCACCAAGAGCACCCUCACACUGCAGUGGAAGGUACACACACACACACACACACACACACACACACACACACACACACACACACACACACACACACACACACACUUUUAGUUCCUUUCAUUGGACGUUCUGAUUGUUUAAGCUUGUUCCAAAAGUGUCCACUCAUUCCCACCCAUCCAGUCUAUUUUAGAUCCAUCAGGGCGAGUGAAUGAGUGCACACUUCAGAGACAAGGGGUGAAUGAGUGCACACUUCAGAGAGAAGGGGGGUGAAUGAGUGCACACUUCAGGGAGGAGGACAGAGAAUCAGGGUUCUAUUUUGCUCUCAGGGAAGAUCUGCUUCCUGGUGUCACUGUCCAAUCCUUCUCUAUGUCAUUCUGAGAUGGGGUUCGUCAGGAUAGAUUGCACCCUCACCCUCACCUCUAUAUAGAUAUAUUUUUUAUGAUAUUCUGUCUUGGUUGCUGUCACGGCGUAAGGGCAGCGUGGAGAGUGACAUCACUCACUCAGACAGGAUAUGAGGUCACACUAAUGAAAACACACAGGUCAUUUCCUCUCUGUGACAGCCCCAGUUCAUCCUCCUCUCCUCAUUACACAUAGACGUAGCGCGCACACGCACCAUACGCAUACACAAACACACACACACACACACACACACACACACACGCUCCAGACAGUCCUAUUUAUUCCUCUCUUCUCUCUCCAGCCUCCGAUUGACAACGGAUCCAAAAUCACAAACUACCUUCUGGAGUGGGACGAGGUACUAUACACACUCCUAUUGGAUAAUAUACCAUCUAUUUCAAACGUACAUGAAAUACAUAAAAUACUCUCUCUCUCUUUCUCUCCUCUCUCUCUCUCUCUCUCUCUCUCUCUCUCUCUCUCUCUCUCCUCUCUCUCCUCUCUCUCCUCUCUCUCCUCUCUCUCUCUCUCCUCUCCCCUCUCUCUCUCUCUAAAUGAAUAUGAAAAGGCAGUCUUCAUAUGGCUCUGUUCAAGAUUUGUAUUAUUAGAUCAUGAUGUCAAGUUGGUGUGUCCUUGGCUUCCCAGAACAGCGCCUGACAAAUAAAUUAUAUUACUAUUGUUAUUAUUAUUAUUAUUAUUAUUGUUAUUAUUGCAGUCUCUCUCCCUCCUCCUCCCCUCUCAUCCACAUCUCCUCUCCUCCAUAGGGAAAGAAGAACAGUGUAUUUAGAGAAUGUUACUUUGGGAGCCAGAGACACUGUAAGCUGACCAGACUGUGUCCUGCUGUGGGCUACACCUUCAGAGUGGCUGCUCACAACGACAUAGGCACCAGGUAGGUGUUAUAAUGCUACAUAUACAUGACAGAACACUAUAUAGGCACCAGGUAGGUGUUAUAAUGCUACUUGUAAACUGGGUGGUUCGAGCCCUGAAUGCUGAUUGGCUUAAAGCUGUGGUAUCAGACAGUAUGCCAUGGGUAUGACAAAACAGCUCUAAUUACGUUGGUAACCAGUUUAUAAUAGCAAUAAGUCACCUCGGGGGUUUGUGAUAUAUGGCCAAUAAACCACGGCUAAGGGCUGUAUCCAGGGACUCUGCGUUGCGUCGUGCAUAAGAACAGCCCUUAGCCGUGGUAUAUUGGCCAUAUACCACACCCCCUCGGGCCUUAUUGCUUAAAUAUACGUGACAUAACACUACAUAGGCACCAGGUAUGGGUGUUAUAGCACUACAUAUGCAUGGCAUAACACUACAUUGCACAAGGUAGGUGACAUCUUCCACUUUCCCUCUCUCUGUUUCUAUCAUUCUGUCUAUAUCUAUCUUUCUCGUUGUCUCGAUCUCUCUUCUCCUGGCUCUCUCAGUCUCUUUCCUCCUCUAUAUCUUUCUAUGUCUCUAUCAAUCUCUCUGUCGUUCUCUCUCUAUCUAUCUCCAACCCUCUCUUCCACCUGGGCUUCUGCUCUGUUACUCUCUGUCAUCCUCUCUGUCAUUUUGACCUUCACUCUUCCCAUCUGUUGCACCCUCACCAUCUAUCUCUCUCUGUCGCUCUGUCUCUUGUCUUCUAUGUCUCAUCUUUAUCUCUAUCUAUGUCUCGCUAUUCUGCUCUAUCCUUGCUCUAGUUCUCUAGUCUGAGUCGCUUCUUUGUAUGUGUUUCUUUCUGUUAUUCUUCUGUCUUUUUCUUCGUUCUUCUUCUCUCUCUCUCUCUCUCUCUCUCUCUCUCUCUCUCUCUCUCUCUCUCUCUCUCUCUCUCUCUCUCUCUCUCUCUCUCUCUCUCUCUCUCUCUCAAUUCAAUACAAUUCAGUUUGCUUUAUUGACAUGACGUAACAAUGUACAUAUUGCCAAAGCUUACUUUGGAUAUUUACAAUAUUAACAUAAUUAAAUAAUAAUAAUCAAUAUUGUCAACGGGACAACAGUAACAACAAUAACCAAGGGUCAAAAUAACCAUUGAACAAUAACAAUAUAGAGGACAAGUGCAGGUUGGUUGGUCUCUCAGACAUUGUCCCACAGAUCUCUGCGUCCUCCCCCAACAGGACGGGUAGCCUAUUUUCAUCAGAGAGGUCUUUGAAACCUUGAAAAACUGUUUCAAAUUUGGGGAAAUUACACUCUCUAAUUGUUUUAUAUUUUUGACAUUUUGUCAGCAAAUGCAGCUGUCUCAGGUUCUACUGUGGUGCAGUGGUUGCACAGCCUUUCCUCUAUAGGGAGCCAGGUUUUCCUUUGUUUACCCUUCUCAAUGGCAAGGCUGUGCUCACUGAGCCUGUCUCUCUCUCACUCUGUCUCUCUUUGUCUCUCUCACACACCCUCUGGUUGAUGUACAGCUGUGUUGAGGUUAGUUGUCUGGUUGAUGUAUAUCUGUGUUGAGGUUAGUUGUCUGGUUGAUGUAGAUCUGUGUUGAGGUUAGUUGUCUGGUUGAUGUAGAUCUGUGUUGAGGUUAGUUGUCUGGUUGAUGUAUAUCUGUGUUGAGGUUAGUUGUCUGGUUGAUGUUGAUCUGUGUUGAGGUUAGUUGUCUGGUUGAUGUAUAUCUGUGUUGAGGUUAGUUGUCUGGUUGAUGUAUAUCUGUGUUGAGGUUAGUUGUCUGGUUGAUGUAGAUCUGUGUUGAGGUUAGUUGUCUGGUUGAUGUAUAUCUGUGUUGAGGUUAGUUGUCUGGUUGAUGUAGAUCUGUGUUGAGGUUAGUUGUCUGGUUGAUGUAGAUCUGUGUUGAGGUUAGUUGUCUGGUUGAUGUAGAUCUGUGUUGAGGUUAGUUGUCUGGUUGAUGUAUAUCUGUGUUGAGGUUAGUUGUCUGGUUGAUGUAGAUCUAUGUUGAGGUUAGUUGUCUGGUUGAUGUAUAUCUGUGUUGAGGUUAGUUGUCUGGUUGAUGUAGAUCUGUGUUGAGGUUAGUUGUCUGGUUGAUGUAUAUCUGUGUUGAGGUUAGUUGUCUGGUUGAUGUAUAUCUGUGUUGAGGUUAGUUGUCUGGUUGAUGUAUAUCUGUGUUGAGGUUAGUUGUCUGGUUGAUGUAGAUCUGUGUUGAGGUUAGUUGUCUGGUUGAUGUAGAUCUAUGUUGAGGUUAGUUGUCUGGUUGAUGUAUAGCUGUGUUGAGGUUAGUUGUCUGGUUGAUGUAUAGCUGUGUUGAGGUUAGUUGUCUGGUUGAUGAGUCUUAUCACUCUGAAUGAGUCUCUCUCUAUUUUCUUGUUGCCGCGCUCCUCUUGUUCUCGCAUCAUUGCCGUUGGGGGCAGAUUCCCCUGCGGCCGGUCGUUACAGUGAGAGAAAAGAGGAGGGAGAUGGAGGGAGGUAAUGGAGGGAGAGAUGGAAAGAGAUAAAGCAUGGUGCAGAAGAGAUGAAGGAGAUGAGCUCUGCUUUGUGUGUGUCUAAACUCUUGUCCCUCCCUCCCUCCCUCCACAGUGGUUUCAGUGCGGAGGUUGUAUUCUACACUACAGGUACGUUACCCACGUGCCCCCUGGCACCGCGGCUGCUGCGGGCGGGCGUCUCCUGGGUCACCCUGGAGUGGGGCCGGCCCGAGGGCAGCGCCAAUGAAGAACUGCUCACAUACACACUCGAGAUCCAGGAGGACAAUACCGUGAGUCACACACACAGAUAUAAUGACGCACACACACAUACAGUUGAAGUCGGAAGUUUACAUACACCUUAGCCAAAUACAUUUAAACUCAGUUUUUCACAAUUCCUGACAUUUAAUCCUAGUAAAAAUUCCCUGACUUAGGUCAGUUAGGAUCACCACUUUAUUUUAAGAAUGUGAAAUGUCAGAAUAAUAGUAGAGAGAAUGAUUUAUUUCAGCUUUUAUUUCUUUCAUCACAUUCCCAGUGGGUCAGAAGUUUACAUACACUCAAUUAGUAUUUGGUAGCAUUGCCUUUAAAUUGUUUAACUUGGGUCAAAUGUUUUGGGUAGCCUUCCACAAGCUCCCCACAAUAAGUUGGGUGAAUUCUGGCCCAUGAAUUGUGGCCCAUUCCUCCUGACAGAGUUGGUGUAACUGAGUCAGGUUUGUAGGUUCGCACACGCUUUUUCAGUUCUGCCCCCAAAUUUUCUAUAGGAUUGAGGUCAGGGCUUUGUGAUGGCCACUCCAAUACCUUGACUUUGUUGUCCUUAAGCCAUUUUGCCACAACUUUGGAAGUAUGCUUGGGGUCAUUGUCCAUUUGGAAGACCCAUUUGCGACCAAGCUUUAACUUCCUGACUGAUGUCUUGAGAUGUUGCUUCAAUAUAUCCACAUCAUUUUCCUUCCUCAUGAUGCCAUCUAUUUUGUGAAGUGCCCCAGGCCCUCCUGCAGCAAAGCACCCCCACAGCAUGAUGCUGCCACCCCCGUGCUUCACGGUUGGGAUGGUGUUCUUCGGCUUGCAAGGCGCCCCCUUUUCCUCCAAACAUAACGAUGGACAUUAUGGCCAAACAGUUCUAUUUUUGUUUCAUCAGACCAGAGGACAUUUCACCAAAAAGUAUGGUCUUUGUCCCCAUGUGCAGUUGCAAACCGUAGUCUGGCUUUUUUAUGGCAGUUUUGGAGCAGUGGCUUCUUCCUUGCUGAGCGGCCUUUCAGGUUAUGUCGAUAUAGGACUCGUUUUACUGUGGAUAUAGAUCCUUUUGUACCUGUUUCCUCCAGCAUCUUCACAAGGUCCUUUGCUGUUGUUCUGGGAUUGAUUUGCACUUUUCGCACCAAAGUACGUUAAUCUCUAGGAGACAGAAUGCGUCUCCUUCCUGAGCGGUAUGACGGCUGCGUGGUCCCAUGGUGUUUAUACUUGCGUACUAUUGUUUGUACAGAUGAACGUGGUACCUUCAGGCGUUUGGAAAUUGCUCCCAAGGAUGAACCAGACUUGUGGAGGUCUACAAAAAAAAAUUUUUUUUUUCUGAGGUCAUGGCUGAUUUCUUUUGAUUUUCCCAUGAUGUCAAGCAAAGAGGCACUGAGGUUGAAGGUACAGUGAGGGAAAAAAGUAUUUGAUCCCCUGCUGAUUUUGUACGUUUGCCCACUGACAAAGACAAGAUCAGUCUAUAAUUUUAAUGGUAGGUUUAUUUGAACAGUGAGAGACAGAAUAACAACAAAGAAAUCCAGGAAAACGCAUGUCAAAAAUGUUAUCAAUUGAUUUGCAUUUUAAUGAUAAGUAUUUGACCCCUCUGCAAAACAUAACUUAGUACUUGGUGGCAAAACCCUUGUUGGCAAUCACAGAGGUCAGACAUUUCUUGUUGUUGGCCACCAGUUUUGCACACAUCUCAGGACGGAUUUUGUCCCACUCCUCUUUGCAGAUCUUCUCCUUCUCAUUAAGGUUUCGAGGCUGACGUUUGGCAACUCGAACCUUCAGCUCCCUCCACAGAUUUUCUAUGGGAUUAAGGUCUGGAGACUGGCUAGGCCACUCCAGGACCUUAAUGUGCUUCUUCUUGAGCCACUCCUUUAUUGCCUUGGCCGUUGUGUUUUGGGUCAUUGUCAUGCUGGAAUACCCAUCCACGACCCAUUUUCAAUAUCCUGGCUGAGGGAAGGAGGUUCUCACCCAAGAUUUGACGGUACAUGGCCCCGUCCAUCGUCCCUUUGAUUGCGGUGAAGUUGUCCUGUGCCCUUAGCAGAAAAACACCCCCAAAGCAUAAUGUUUCCACCUCCAUGUUUGACGGUGGGGAUGGUGUUCUUGGGGUCAUAGGCAUCAUUCCUCCUCCUCCAAACACGGCAAGUUGAGUUGAUGCCAAAGAGCUCGAUUUUGGUCUCAUCUGACCACAACAUUUUCACCCAGUUCUCCUCUGAAUCAUUCAGAUGUUCAUUGGCAAACUUCAGACGGGCAUGUAUAUGUGCUUUCUUGAGCAGGGGGACCUUGCGGCCGCUGCAGGAUUUCAGUCCUUCACAGCGUAGUGUGUUACCAAUUGUUUUCUUGGUGACUAUGGUCCCAGCUGCCUUGAGAUCAUUGACAAGAUCCUCCCGUGUAGUUCUGGGCUGAUUCCUCACCGUUCUCAUGAUCAUUGCAACUCCACGAGGUGAGAUCUUGCAUGGAGCCCCAGGCCGAGGGAGAUUGACAGUUAUUUUGUGUUUCUUCCAUUUGCGAAUAAUCGCACCAACUGUUGUCACCUUCUCACCAAGCUGCUUGGCGAUGGUCUUGUAGCCCAUUCCAGCCUUGUGUAGAUCUACAAUCCUGUCCCUGACAUCCUUGGAGAGCUCUUUGGUCUUGGCCAUAGUGGAGAGUUUGGAAUCUGAUUGAUUGAUUGCUUCUGUGGACAGGUGUCUUUUAUACAGGUAACAAACUGAGAUUAGGAGCACUCCCUUUAAGAGUGUGCUCCUAAUCUCAGCUCGUUACCUGUAUAAAAGACACCUGGGAGCCAGAAAUCUUUCUGAUUGAGAGGGGGUCAAAUACUUAUUUCCCUCAUUAAAAUGCAAAUCAAUUUAUAACAUUUUUGACAUGCGUUUUUCUGGAUUUUUUUGUUGUUAUUCUGUCUCACACUGUUCAAAUAAACCUACCAUUAAAAUUAUAGACUGAUAAUUUCUUUGUCAGUGGGCAAACGUACAAAAUCAGCAGGGGAUCAAAUACUUUUUCCCCUCACUGUAUGCCUUGAAAUACAUCCACAGGUACACCUCAAAUUGACUCAAAUUAUGUCACUUAGCCUAUCUGACGCUUCUAAAGCCAUGACAUCAUUUUCUGGAAUUUUCCAAGCUGUUUAAAGGCACAGUCAACUUAGUGUAUGUAAACUUCUGACCCACUGGAAUUGUGAUACAGUGAAUUAUAAGUGAAAUAAUCUGUCUGUAAACAAUUGUUGGAAAAAAUACUUGUGUCAUGCACAAAGUAGAUGUCCUAACCGACUUGCCAAAACUAUAGUUUGUUAACAAGAAAUGUGUGGAGUGGUUGAAAAACGAGUUUCAAUGACUCCAACCUAAGUGUAUGUAAACUUCCGACUUCAACUGUACACACCCAAGUACAGCAAAACAUCAGUUUAAAGGUUAAUUGAGAACGUUUCACCUUCCAGGGAACAGACUUUCAUCCAAAAUACACUGGAGACAACCUAACCUGCACAGUGCAAGGCCUGAAGAGGAGCACACAGUACAAAUUCAGGGUAAGAGUGUGUGUGUCUGUCUGGGAGGUUUUAUGGUGGUGAAAUGGCGUCUGAUUGUGUGUUACCGUGGAAACGGAAAAAGGCUUUUAUUCUGCUAGAAAGACACAAUGAUUGGUGUCAACAUGUGCACGAGCACACACGCACUACACAAUGAACCACCAUUUAGAAGCCGUACAACCACCAUCAGUCUAUCCUCUGUAGAAAUACCUGCAAUUUACUGCUAUUUAUAAACGUGCGUGCGUGCAUGCACGUGUAUGGAGCAUAUUUGUGUGCCUACAUGCGUGUAUGUGUGUGUGAUCUGUCUGUAUGGGACAAAUCAUCACAAAAAAAUGGUGAACAGUUUUAUUCCAAAAAGCUAUAUAUCCAUUUUCAGAAAUGUUGGUAAAUUAGCUUUUAUUGUUUAAAGAAAUUAUGAAAGAGAUUGGUGUGUUUUUUCACUAUCUAAUUAUGGCAUAGGGUUGUUCAAUGACAGACAUGUAUUUGUUUAAAAUCUAUCACUUGAUGGUUUCAUUUCAGAGAGACAAAUAAAGUUUUUUGCUAAAUGCUAUAUAUCCAGGUCACUCUCAGAGAAAUAAGUAGUACUGCUAGGUUUUAAACAGUCAAAUGGAAUAAAUAACAUGUUUGUUUUUUUAUAAAGAACUGUAGAAAUAAUACAUUUGUGAUGUCAAUAUUAUGAUUAUAUAUAUUCGUUUUUUCAUACAGUAGUAUGAGAUCUGUAUGUAAAACAUUUACAUUUAACAUUUUAGUCAUUUAGCAGAUACUCUUAUCCAGAGUGACUUACAGUAAGUGCAUUCAUCUUAAGGUAGCUAGGUGAGACAACACAAUCACACAAUAUAUAGUACGAACAUUCUCCGAAACAUGGAUAUAUAGUGUUUGCAAAGAACACAUUUCAUAAACAUCUAAAUCUUUAAAAAAACACUUAGAUCAGAAUAAUUUCACUCCAUGGGUACCAAUAAGCAUCAUUCUGAUAAAAAACACAGUGAAAUUGGGUUUUGGAUGUCUAUUAUACAGUGAAGUAGUGCAGGGGCACGCUCUGUGGCAGUGGUCUAGGCAUGCAUCCAGUGCAACGGCCAAGUCUGGUCGAAAUCCAGGCUCUGUCGCAACAGGCCGCGACGGGAGAUCAUGGGCGGCGCAAUUGGCCCAGUGUCCAGGGUAGGGGGGAAUGGCGGCAGGGAUGAGCUCAGUUGAUAGAGCAUGGCGUUGCAACGCCAGGGUUGUGGGUGUUUCCCACAGGGGAAUGUUGAAGUAGUGACUCGUUGAUUAGAGAGUGGACUAGAACAUCCCUCUCUUCUCCC